UCUACAGGACUAGUGAAAUGUUUUUAGUGACAAGAUACCGUGUGAAGGAUUCUUUUGUGAGGAUUUAAAGGCGGGAAUAAUAUCGAUCAAGAAUGCUUAAGUGGACUGUAUACGGUAAAAAGAACCAAGAUGUUCAAGUCAUCACUGAUGACGAAUUAAACAAUGAUAACCCAUACAAUGAUAAAGCUAGACGGUCUUUAGACGCGCAGACUGUCAAAAAAAGCAAAAAACCUAGCAGGUACCAGAGAAGAUCGCUAGGUGCAGCUGCAAGAAAAAAUUGCUGCCAAAAUGUUGACAAAGAAAACCUUAAUUAUGUUGGUAAUACACCAAAUCAUUUUAGGGAAGGGUAUAUUAACAAAAAAUCAGACAACGUUGCUUUAAAAGACGUGAGUAAUAUAACACCGAAUUCACUGACACCCAACUUCGACAAAAGAAAAAUUUACAGGAAUUCCUCGAAAGAAGAUAUUCCUUCCGAUUUACCUCCUACUCCUCCUACUUAUAGUAGAAGAGUUAGAGAAGCGAAAAAAAGAAAAUUGGAAAUGACAAAUUCUAACAAUAAUGAAGUAUUCAGCAGAAACAGUUCUAUUUAUAAAUCAGAAAGAAGAAUCAAACAAGAUAGGAGUCUAAUUACAUCACCAAAAUUAAGUCACAGUGUAUCCGAACCGUCACUAAAUGAGCUUUCAGAAAGAUUAAGUGCAUCUUCAGAGAAUUCGAAAAGCUCAUUUACUAUUUCAAAAGAAAUACACAACAGAAAACCAAUAAGUACAACAAAGACAACGAGUGAAGGUCUGGUCGAAAUUGAAUACGAUAAAGAUCUAGUAAUUAACUGCGUAGAGAAACCUUUAAUAGUAGACAAAACUAAACUAGAAAAAACUACUUUACCUAUAUUUGGUUCCCGUAUGUUUACAGAUAAUCCAUUGUAUUUUACGAAAAGUGAAGAGGGACCCCCUAAUAUAAGGCCUUUAAAACGCACAAGAAAAAAAUCUAAUGACUUUGAAAGUUCUUUUAAAUCACCUUCGAUCGAUAAAAGGGAUGUACAUACCUUAGUUAGAGACGGUUGUUCUCCUAUAUCGAUUACACCAUUAUCUGUAAAACUAGCUGCUUUAAGAUUUAGUACUAUGAGUACCCAUACUAAGUCAAAGAGAGUUGUUGAAGAUAAUGAUAUUACCGAUUUUUUCCCAAAGGUAGAUAAUCCUUUUACCAUCCCCAUAAAGGACGAAGAAUGUUCAGCUGAAAUGGAAAACAAAUUUAUCCCCUAUAAAGAAUCUUUAACAAGUGUCACGGAUUCGACAGUCUCAACUACAGAAAUGGGUGACGUUACUUUAGAAAAAAUGAUUGAAGAUAUUAUAAAGAGCACGAAAAUUGUAAAAUCAAAGAGAAGGAUUUUCAAUAAAAACGUUGAAAGAAAUCGCGAUAUUGAAGAAGAACUUUUAACGGUUGAAUCGAUUAAAGAAUUGUUUGUUAAGCCACAGACAGAAAAUAAGACAAAUUUAAUUAAAGAAGCUAGGUAUGUUAAUUUGUCCACAGAGAAUUCUGUGUCACCGAAAACAACACCCGUUAAAAAGAAAACUCCUAUUCAUCGAGUAAAUGAUAAACUCCUUAAAAAUGUACCUAUCGGAGGUUUUAUUUUAGAUGAUGGAGAUGGUUAUAAUGAAAGAGAAGUAAGAACGCCAGAUAAGUAUGUCGAUGUAAAAAGACACCAUUCGAACGAGCGUGUAAAUAUUUCUAUAGUUAGAUCACAAUCUAUGAGUUCUUCGAGCAUAAAAAGAGGAAAUUUAGAACAAGUCUCCUCUGAAUCAACACCAGACUUAUCCUCUGGAUCGAAAGAGAGCAGAAACAACAGAUUAAAAAGACAAAAAUGUAUACGCAGAAAAAAAUCUACUGUGAGCAAUGACAGUUUGUGGAAACAAAAACAAAAUGAGAAUAAAUCGUCGCUCGUCCUCACUUUAGAAAUGGGUAUACCAAGCCCUGCAAGUGAACUACAAAAUGUCUCACUUUACGAGCCUCCUAGUACAUCUUUUCAUGAGGUAAUGCCUGGGAGAGACUGUUUAUUCACGAAUAAUUCUAUUCGAUCGAAUGUUUCACAUAGCAGUCUAAAAACUUACAUUCCUAAACAGAAUAUUAGAUCAAGAGAGUUGUUUGGUCUAACGCUAGAAAAUGGAAUUCCUAGUCCUAUUACACCAUUACCAAAUCUGAAGCGAUCUAGUAAUGCGUUAAGUGAAGAAAGGGCGCAUAAAACGAGUAAACUCGAGGAAGAAUUACUUUCAAAUGACGUAAUGACACCGGUACUGGAACACAAAACAUCUAGACGAUGUCUUACAUAUUCACCUGAAGAAUGUAGUAUCGACAGUACAGAGGAAAAACGAAGAAGCGUUGCUAGCAAUCGUUUAGAAAGAAGUACAGAUCGAUUUCAAUCUUUAAAAGCAACAAUAGAUUUAGAAGUUAUAACGAAAAAUGAUAUAAUUGACGUGCACGUAAUUCGAUGUCGAGACCUUCAAAGAUCGUCAGGGAAAACGGAUGAUAUUACCGCUUAUGCAAAGGUUGUGAUCAGUGGUGUAACCGAAGACCAGAGUUUACCGUCACAACGCUCAAUUUUCCAACGGACCUCCGUACUCUAUGGGAAGAGAGAGCCGGAGUUCCAGCGCCAUCUCAAAUUACCUCUACCAAAAGCAGUCUACGAUCAUCAAAUGCUGCACAUCUCAGUGUGGCACAGAGAUAAAAAGUACAGACGGAGCGAGUUUCUAGGAUGUGUCUCGUUCCCAUUGAAAGAUGCUAUUAAGAACGACAUUUCCGGCACGUACUUUUUGCAACAAGGGCGCCAGAGCGCGUCGGCGCAGGACGCCUGUCGGGUGACUGAGCGACGCAAGAUGGCCACAGACAAUACUGAAACUACCAGCACCAAUGAUGGCGCCAAGGAGAAUACAGACAAAGGCGUAGCGUCCAAUGGUCCUUCAACAAACCAAGCUCAAGUAGCAGCUGCUUUACAACGGGAAGCUGACGAACACCUGUUCUUACGAUAUUUGGAACUCGAUCCACCUGAAGACCCUGCAGCACCUCGUCGUACACAACGUCAGGGGCGUACGCCUUUUACGACAACUAGGAAAUUGUUAAGAGGGACAAGUGGGGGCUUUGGGUUUACGGUAGUAUGGACACGCCCACCAAGAGUGGAGAGGGUAGCAGCGGGAGGGUCAGCUGAGAGAGCAGGCUUGAGGGCUGGUGAUUACAUAGUCUUCGUUGGAAACAAGAAUGUUGUAACCGUAUCUGAAGAAGAGGUCCGAAAUCUUGUCAAAUCAGCGGGACAAACAUUAAACUUGGAGACGUUUAGACGUGUACCACAAAAUGGCGUUGGGAUCAAGCCUCGUUUGGGCCAAGUGUCAAUACCAGUCCCCGAGUCCACUCCACCACCAGCUCCCAAAUCCCCAAGAGCAGCAGCCCUCGCUUCCCCAGCAACAGCAGCAAGACCUCCAACCGCUUGUUCUUCAACCAGCCAAUCCCUUGAUAGACGCAAACUACAUCUGCCACAGGUCACCUUCUCCAAGGAGGCUACAAGCCUAACAACAGAUGGAAGAAAGCGUGCUCUUCUGGCCGUUGUGGCAAGGGAACAACAUUACGGAACUUGUCUUCAGUUCGGCCUCGUUCGAUUUGUUUCACCACUCGCUGAAAGAGCUGAUCUGAUCGCUCCAAGUGAUCAUCAGCUGCUCUUCCAGAACAUUGAGGAGAUUUUAAGACUAUCUGAGGAUAUUUUGGAUCAAGUUGUUCAAGAUGAUGGUGAGAUACAGACAUCAACUGUUGUGGCUGUUUACUUACAAAAGACUCCUAUAUUCAUUAGCCUUUAUAAAAAAUAUUGUCUAGGACUGAAGAGAGCUGAUUGUGUAUUGGUGAAGAAAUCAAAAGACCCAAGUGGAGCGUUUUCAAGAUUUUGUACAAGUCCCCCAAUACCGAGGAGAAGGCCGGACAUUACUUCCUUAGUUCAUAAACCACUGGAACAGUUCAGAGAGCUUCUUAGAUUAAUGAGAGCGGCAGCUAGCUGUAAAGGAGCUGGACCUUACGACCAGCUCGAAAAAAAGCAACUGCAAGUUAUUGUUGAGCAACUUCAAUGUGGUUACCAAGAUGUGACAGCUGGUUCAGGUCUAAUGGGCCUCGCUGGUGAUGGAAAGCCUUUAUUGUCAGUUGCUGACUUAGAGAGUCGCCUCGUGUUCACUAGAUGUAAGCCAUUCGUCCUAAGCACUGCGGGAAGACAAUGGAUCUUCGGCGGAGAGCUCUCCAGGGUAGAAGGCAGGACAAUCCGUCCUUAUUGGGCAUUGCUUUUCUCUGACUUGCUACUUUUUGCGACUGUGUCCAGAGACCGAGUGCUCUUCGUAACAGAGGAGCCCGUCGCAUUGGGCACUGUGUCUGAAGCCCAAUUUAAUAUUAGGAAAAAAGCGACUGAAUUUCGACUGAUCCUGGGGCGAGCCGGGGGAGAAAGUCCUCUAGUAUCGUGUGCGCCACGCACCCCUGCUCGCUCAAGACCCAUUGUCUUACGAGCUCCUUCUAUUGAUUUGAAAGCUGUGUGGCAGAGCCUGUUGCAAAGACAAAUUUACCGCGCACACACAAUGUCAGGGACGCCACUUGGUUCACCGCUAGAUUCUCCCGAUCCUCAGUUAACAUUCAGCCUGGCGACCCUGGACUCUCAACAGCGACAGGUACGUCGAAGUUCAGCCGAAACACAAACAGGUGCUUGUGGAAGUGCCGCAGAAGGUACACGAAGCAACAGGAGUCGAGGAUCAACUUUACAUUUACAGAGAUGGAUGACUCAGUUAGCUGAAACUGAGGAGUUAGAUCAUCCAGAACCAGAUAUGGAAAUGUGGAGUAUUGAAGAACUUAGAAAAAGGUCAAAAGAGUUAAACCUUUUAGAAGUAGCAGACCUUGUAGAGAAUCAUGUUAAUAACAAAGAGUCUGAAGUUGUCACUACAGUUGAAAAGAAGGAAAAUGAUAAAAGUCCAUCAAAAAGUAGUAAUUCGGGUAGUCAGAUUACAGUUCGAACAAGCCCAGUAGUAGUAGACACCAUUCCUGUAUGUCGACAAUGUCAUAAAAAGUGUUUAUCGAAGCCAAAUAGUCCAUUGGUUUCACAAAAGGAACCACCAGUACCACCAAAACCUAAAGUUGAAGCCUCGCCUCAAAAUUCUGCUUCGAAUAAAAGUACUCCUAGUUCUUGUAGCGCAAAUUGUAAUAUUCGUAAACAAAAAUACUUUCCUCAUUUGGAACGUAAAGGUGCUAUCAGGAUAAGACCAGAAGAUGGUCCUAAGGCUGCGAUGAAAGUAAUUGAUUCAAUUGAACAGAGUCAAAGAAUGCUUAAAUCAAAAUCAUAUGAACUUAAAACCGAAUCUCCAGUUCUGAAUAAGAGCAUCACUAGAAGUCAGACGAAAAGUCACUUAGAGUUGAGAAAAGAAAAUUCUAUUACAUCACCUAGUCCCACUUCUAGUAGUAGAAAUAGUCCCCUGUCCACUAGUCACACAACUUGUAGCUCCAUGGUUUUUAAUUCUAGUUCGAAUGACUUAAGAACAUUGAACUCAAACAUACCUAAUCAAGUUCAAUGCGUCAUUGCACAAGAGAAGUACUUAAAUGAAAUUAAAUGCGUUGAAAAUAUAAUAUUAUCAAAAACAAAAUCUUCGUCUGUUCCAUCUCCAGCUACUGUAAGAAAAGAUGAACGAACUAGACAAAAGGCAGAAACUGUUCUAAGCAAAGUAUUAGGAAUGAAUAUUAUCACAAAAAGAGAAAAUGUAGGUACAUGUUUAAAAACCUCCUCAGUAUUUUUAGAUGAUGAUUCUAUGCAUGAAGAAGAUAAUGAUUUUAGAAUAGAAAGAGGCCUACGAAGAUCUCCCAGAAUGGGUAUAUCUGCGGUUAGUAAAAUGAAUGGAGACAUAAAUAAAAAAAAUGAGGUUAUAGAAGAUGCAAAUGCAAACGCAAGCGACGUUCUAUCUGAUGAGGAUUCAGAAUUAGGUCCACUAAUGCUAAUGGGAUUAUCAGCUAUAAAUCCAGCUGCUCAUUUAAUGAGAGUUGAACCUUUCAAGAAAACACACUUUGAUCACAUAAGCAAUGGUUCCAAUAAGACGCAUUCGAGACCCGGAAGUCUUGGCUCUAUAAAAUCUGAAUCACCAGUACCUAAUAUAGCAGUCGUUCCCCCAACACCCGAUUAUAAUAAUACUAGUAAGACUGAUGAACUUUUAGACGAAUCACCGGAUUCUCCAGAUGCUCCUGAAGACUUACCUUACGUUUCUUUAAAAAGGUAUGGCACAAUGUCAAGCCUCGAAAGGCUACCAUCAGAUGAGACUGAUGAUGGUAACGUAAGACUGACACAGGAACCAGAAACCUCAAAGACAUAUAAUUCAGUCACCAGUGCAGCUGGAGGUAUAAUGGGUUGGACGGCUCGAGCCGGCUCUUUUGUCGUCGAGAAAAUGAAUAUAUUCAGUCACACAGAAAGCGUGCCAAAUACUUCUAUAGCGCAUAAACAACCGUCAUUUUUGGAAAGGUGCCUUGGCGUCGGCGAUUGGAAGUCACCAUUAGGAACUGAGGAUGGUACAGUUGAAACAGGAGAAGGGAGUGGUGCAAGCGGUGAAGAAGCUUGGGGCACGCCAUCAUCUGGCGACCUCUCAGACAAUCUACCUGAUUCGGAACAUGGAACCCUCUCUUCACCAACAAAGUCUUCUUCAUCGUACGCUGGAGAUGAUGAUACGGAGCUAAUGAUGGAUGAACUAUUAAUGGCACCGACAAUAACUGGACCUACGACCUUGAGACCGCUUCUUCCAAGGGAUGUGUUCAGGAGAAGACUAGAACCUUUACUAGAAGAAGAUGGCUCUGAUAGUGGAAGUGAAGACAAUAAACCAACACCUACAAAUUCUGAUGACCAGGGCAGCGAGCGUGGCCUCGAUGCUGACGAUUGCUGCGACGCGCCGCACCGGCCGUCCUCUGCUUCAGAGCCAGAAGCGGAGGACGUUGCCUGCGGCGCGGGGGGCGUGGUCCGUGGAGGGGAGCGCGCUGGUGGCGCCACGUGCGACCUGAGUCCCGACCGGACUCCCACCAACGAAACACCUUCGAUGCCCUUACAAUCUGUUUCAAAAGAGUGUGUGGAGCGAGCAUCUGCUGGCGGCGCUCGUCGGGGCUCGGCCAGUUCAGCCAGCACGCCCUCCACACUCGAACGCACCACCAUCCACAACCCCACACCCCUACAUCAGCUGUCACCAGCUUCGGAGCCACCACCAGUACAAGAGUGUUCACGUGCAGAGGUGAGGCCGCCGUCCCCGGAGCGACUCAGUCCGCGUGCGGAGAUGCGCCUGGCACUCGACCAGGGGAAGGACAUGCUGGCGGAGCAGGAAGUGGGAUGGGCUGGCGCGCGCGACCCCUGGUCGUUUCGCGCGGCGUGCCAGCGCUCGCUGGUGCGGCGCGUGGCGAGCGCGGACGCGGUCACGAUGUGCCGCACCGCCCCUCAUACUACUUCGCGCAGUUCUGUAUAUGCUUGGAAAGCUCCAGAAACCGAAACGAAACUUAUGGAGAUGGAGCAACUGGCACGAGCGGAAGUUCAGACGAUGCGUUCGCGGACGCGCUCUCAAUGCCAGAACGGGAAGAUAUUGGGGUUCCUCCGUCGUCGAGCGUCAUCCGAUAGCCCUCGCCGCGAACCCUUCAUCGUCAACGCGAGGCCCUUCUCACCGCGCAGAAGCACUGAAAAACAUUUCGAGAAACGAUUCUGGAAACAAGUUACCAGAAGACGUCAAUCUUGCGGCUCCAUCAGCCAAAUAUAAGAGACUAAAUGAUAUCACAAAGACUUUAAAAGAUUAAUAAAAAAACAUUUAAGUGUUCAUCGUCUUUUACUUAAUGGUAACGGUAGCAUGGUAUAU